AUGGUCUCACGUAGAAGUCUUCUUAUUCAAAAGCUUCAGUUAGAGUUUAACAAUAUCUCUUUUGAGCAUCACCGUUGUGCUGCUCAUGUGAUUAAUUUGGUAGUUAUACGGGGUGUAGAAGUUGCUAGUAAUACCUUGCAUAAGUUGUGUAAAUUUGUAAAAAAAGUAAAAAAUUCUUCAAGAUUAUUGAAUGAGUUACGUGAUAUAUGCUCAGUUAAAAAACAACCUUAUCUCGUGCCCAUUCUUGAUAAUGAAAUAAGAUGGGGAUCUAUGUAUGAGAUGAUUGAAAGACAAAUAAAAAUCAAAGAAAUGGUCCAACUCCUUGUAAAUAAUAAUUUAUUAAAACUUGAAGAUCUAUAUUUUAAUUUGAAUGAAUGGAAAGAAAUAAAUUUAAAAAAGUAUCUUGAUGUCAAUUCUAGUGAAUAUCCGAUUGCAUCAGCUAUUUAUAACAAGUUAAAGGAAUAUUGGAAUCAUUAUUUUGAUAUUCAUUCAGCUAUUCCUGUAGUUUUAGACCCCCAAUCCAAGCUAACUAAUUUUUUACUAGAUUAA